UCUACCUAAAGUUGGCUCCUUGGUCUCGCUUCUUCCCUAACAGGAACCUCUGCUUCCAAAUCGAGAGAACCAAAGUCCACUGCUCUCUCACACUGAUCAGCCAAUUUUGAUUCAACAGGAUGACGGAGUUCUUGGAUUUGGAAACCCAAGACGCCGUGCGGAUGCCAUGGAAUGUUCUCCCCGGCACCAAACAAGAAGCCGCUCAAUGCGUCAUCCCAAUUUCCGCCAUCUACACUCCGAUCAAACCCUUACCCAACACCAGCCCUCUCCUCCCUUACUCCCCCCCUCCGCUGCCGCAAUUGCCGAUCCGUACUCAACCCUUUUUCUAUCGUCGACUUCUCCACCAAAAUCUGGAUCUGUUCCUUCUGCCUCCACCGCAAUCACUUUCCUCACCACUACCAAUCCAUCUCCGAUGAUAACCUCCCCGCGGAGCUCUUCCCUCAGUACACCACCAUCGAAUACGAACCCCAGAACGAGAGACCCGCUUCCCAAGCUAUUCCUCAGGUGUUUUUCUUCGUGGUGGAUACUUGUAUGAUCGAAGAGGAAAUCGGGUUUCUAAGAUCAGGGCUUUCGAGGGUGAUUGGGGAGAUUCCGGAGAAUUCUCUUGUCGGUUUGAUUACUUUCGGGAGGUAUGUUUGUGUUCAUGAGUUGGGGUUUUUCGGAAGAGUUCCCAAGGUUUAUGUGUUUAAUGGGGCCAAAGAGAUUACUAAAGAUCAGGUUUUGGAGCAGAUGGGUUUCUUUCUAAAGAAACCGAGACCAGCUACAGGAGUUGUUGCCGGAGUUAGAGAUGGACUUUCUCAAGAAAGCAUUUCCAGAUUCUUACUGCCAGCUGCAGAUUGCGAAUUUGCCCUAAAUUCGGUAUUAGAUGAGCUUCAAAAAGAUCCAUGGCCAGUUCCUGCAGAUCAAAGAGCACCAAGGUCCACUGGCACUGCUUUAACCAUAGCUGCUCAUUUGUUGGGAGUAUGUGUUCCUGGUUCAGGGGCUAGAAUAAUGGCAUUUUUGGGUGGGCCCACAACUGAAGGGCCAGGUUCUAUUGUAUCAAAAGCCUUGUCUGAACCUAUUCGUUCUCACAAGGAUCUAGAUAAAGAUGCUGCUCCUUUUUUUAACAAAGCAGUCAAGUUAUAUGAAGGACUUGCAAAGCAACUUAUACAUCAAGGACAUGUUCUUGAUGUUUUUGCUUGUGCUCUUGAUCAGGUUGGGGUAGCUGAGCUUAAAAUUGCAGUUGAAAAAACUGGAGGACUUGUUGUGUUAGCAGAAAGCUUUGGUCAUUCAGUUUUUAAAGAUUCUUUAUUGCGUGUUUUCCAAUCUGGUGACACUGACUUGGGUUUAUCAUCAAAUGGUAUAUUUGAAGUAAACUUUUCAAAGGAUAUCAAAAUCCAGGGUAUUCUUGGUCCAUGUGCAUCACUUGAGAAGAAAGGUGCUUUAUGUUCUGAUACUAGUAUUGGUCAAGGGGGUACAACUGCAUGGAAGAUGUGUGGACUUGACAAAUCGACUUCCUUAUGCUUAAUAUUUGAUAUUGUGAAAAAAGAAAGCUCAGAUGUUAUUGGUCAAGCUGCAAAUAAUCAGUUUUAUUUCCAAUUUUUGACUUAUUAUCAGCAUAGCAAUGGACAAAUGAGGCUUAGAGCCACCACUCUUUCAAGAAGAUGGGUCACAGGUCCAGGAAAUAUACAGGAUUUGGUUGCUGGGUUUGACCAAGAAGCAGCUGCAGUAGUCAUGGGACGCCUAGUUUCUUUCAAAAUGGAAACAGAGGCUGAGUUUGACCCCAUAAGGUGGCUGGAUAAAACACUGAUACAUUUAUGUUCACGUUUUGGUGACUAUCAAAAAGACAACCCAUCCUCUUUUGUCCUAUCUCCUCGAUUAUCAAUCAUUCCUCAAUUUGUCUUCAAUUUGAGAAGAUCUCAAUUUGUACAGGUUUUCAACAACAGCCCAGAUGAGACAGCGUAUUUUAGAAUGGUUAUGAACAGAGAAAAUGUUGCAAAUUCAGUUGUGAUGAUUCAGCCUUCUUUAAUUUCUUAUGCUUUUAAUUCUGGAGCUGAACCUGCUUUAUUAGAUGUGGCUUCAAUUGCUGCUGAUAGAAUCCUUCUUUUGGAUUCAUAUUUCACUGUUGUUGUCUUUCAUGGAUCCACCAUUGCUCAAUGGCGUAAAGCUGGCUACCAAAAUGAACCUGAACACAAGGUUUUUGCUCAGUUGUUGCAAGCUCCACUCGAUGAUGCUGAUGCUAUUGUAAAGGAAAGAUUUCCAGUACCCCGUUUAGUGAUUUGUGAUCAGCAUGGAUCUCAGGCUCGUUUUCUAUUAGCAAAACUAAAUCCAUCAGCUACAUAUAAUUCGGAAGCUCCUCCUACUCCUGGUGGAGAUGUUCUGUUUACAGAUGAUUUUUCGCCAAUUUUUUUUUGGAACUAUUCAUCUCUGGAUUAUAAAGGAGGGAAAAUCAGUGAUACAGGUUAGAAAGUGAUGAUUGUAGUUAUUAUGUAGAAAUUAGAAUGUGGUUUUGUUUCUUGUUGUAAAGGGUUAAAAGAACCCAAAACUAGCUUUUAUUCUAGCUUCUCACCCAUUGUUUAAAAAAUAGAAUCUGGUUUUGUUUUGGUAUACGUG